GCCUGGGGGGUUGGCUUGAUACAUAGCAGACACUAGGACCAGGCACAAUCCCCACCUCCUCCUGGCCUCCCCCUCCUUCUGCCUGUGUCACACACACCCCUGGGAAGGCUGGUCCUCUGUAUAAACCCCGGCAGCACAGAGCGAAUUCCAUCCAAGGGCUGCACUCGGGACUCGGCACAACCUGGAGGAUGAGCAUGACCAUGGAGAGUCAGCGACUGUCCUCAUAUCGGCGGCGCUUCGGCCCCCAAGCCACCGCUGUCCAUCAACCCCUGAGAUCCUCGCCCCUCUUAUGGCUCAUGUCGCCCAGCCCCAGCACCAGAGUCUCCAUGACCAAGAGAAAGAGCUCCAGCCUGAGCAUCCGUGCCGGCCCCAGGUUCUUCCAGGACAAAGCCGAUUUCUCUCUGGCUGAUGCCCUCAACACCGAGUUCAAGGAGACACGCACCAACGAGAAGAUGGAGAUGAUGGAGCUGAAUGACCGCUUCGCUAGCUACAUCGAGAAGGUGCGCUUCCUGGAGCAGCAGAACAAGGUGCUGGUAGCAGAGCUCAACCAGAUCAGAGACAAGGAGCCCACCAAGCUGUCCGACAUCUAUCAGGAGGAGCUGAGAGAACUCCGCCGGCUGGUGGACCAGCUGUCUAAUGCCAAGACCAGGUUGGAGAUCGAGAGGGAAAAUCUGCUGGAUGACGUCAACGGCCUCCGGCAAAAGUUACAGGACGAGAUUAAUCUACGGCUGGAAGCUGAAAACAAUUUGUCUUCCUACAGACAGGAUGUUGACAAUGCUGCAUUAGUGCGCCUGGACCUGGAGCGGAAAGUCGAGUCUCUGCAGGAGGAGAUCAACUUCCUGAGGAAAGUCCAUGAGGAGGAACUGAGAGAGCUGCAGGAGCAGCUGGCGCAGCAGCAGGUCCACAUUGAGAUGGACAUGUCAAAACCAGACCUGACGGCUGCGCUGCGGGAGAUCCGCAUCCAGUACGAGUCCAUGGCCUCCAACAACAUGCAUGAGACCGAGGAGUGGUACAAGUCCAAGUUUGCAGACCUGACGGACGCAGCAGCUCGGAACAUUGAAGCCCUGCGCCUGGCCAAGCAGGAAGCCAAUGAGUAUCGGCGCCAGCUGCAGGCACUCACCUGCGACCUGGAGUCCCUGCGGGGGAUGAAUGAAUCCCUGGAGAGGCAGCUGCGGGAGAUGGAGGACCGCUAUGCCAUUGAGACAGCCAGUUACCAGGACACAGUCAUCCGUCUGGAGGAGGACAUCCGGAGCCUCAAGGAGGAGAUGGCUCGGCACCUCCAGGAAUACCAGGACCUGCUCAACGUCAAGCUGGCCUUGGACAUUGAGAUUGCCACCUACCGCAAGCUCCUGGAGGGAGAGGAAAGCAGGAUCACCAUCCCCGUGCAGACCUUCUCCAACCUGCAGAUCCGAGAGACCAGCCUGGAUACCAAGUCAGUGUCUGAGGCUCACCUGAAGAGGAACAUCGUGGUCAAAACUGUGGAGACCAGAGAUGCAGAGGUGAUCAAGGAAUCCACCCAGGAGCACAAGGACUAAGGGGGCGGCAGAGGAAAGCGUGCAGCCGUAGAUCACUAGCAGCGUAGAUCCCGCCUGGCACUCGGCCCCUCCGACGUGGAACCAGCAGGGCCCAGCGGCUGCGAGGGACCCACCCGGAGGGAACGUGUUUCGCUUGCCAGAAGCGGAGUUAACGAGACUAACUGAGGAGCUAGAGUAACCAGCGCCCCUUAGAACUGCUGCGCACGGUUCCAGUGCGGGCCACGGGCUAGUGCUUCGCCUGAGCCCCAUCUCUCCCUUCCGCCACCCCUGCCCAUUCUCCCAUCUGCCUUGGUCCGCUGCAGUCUAUGGGAUAGGCCUGCUGAGCUGCUCCAGAGCCUGGCAGGGUUUGAGGCCCUGCUGAGGCUGCCAGAGCUCCCCUAGAGAGAGGGCUGUGCUAGGCCCACCCAGAAACCCCCUAACACCGGCUCCCUUGGGGGGCUCUGCAGGAGGCUGCGUGGGGAAGGCAAAGCAAUCGAAGGCCCAGCUCGUGCCCACAGAAAGGGCCAAAUCCAUGGCCCGGGAGCUGCAGAGUUUCCACUGCCUCCUGGAGCCAAGGGGCAGGAUUUGGCUGCACCCCACCACCUGCCCCAGAUCUCAAAGUCCCUAGGAUGGUGGAGACCCUGAUCCCGGCUCAGGCCUAGGCAUCCCCAGGAGAGGUAGGAGAGGCCCUGAGUGCGAGUCUGCCCAGGGAGACCCCUGUGGAGUUGCAAGAGCGGGGGAUGCUGUGGAGAGCAGCUCUCCUUCAGCACUGCCCCCCACCACACACCCCCACCGGCCUCCUGGAGAUCAGGCUUCCAGGGAGGGAGAUGCUGCUGCCCUCCCUGUGACAGGCUUGGGCCCACAGGAGCAGGGUUUCUGUUCCCUGGCCCCUGCAAUGGGGCCUGCUCCCCAACGCACCGGCGAUGGGCACAGGGAGGCAAAGGCACUAGGCAGCUGCGCUGCACCAAACGCCCUGGCCCGCCCAGGGGUUGUGGCUGGGCUAACGUGGAGAACAGCUGAUUGGAACCGGAGGCAGGACUGGGCUGGCUGAUGUCUCCCCCAUUUGUGCUGAGGACUAGGACUGAGGUUUCCUGCUGACUGAGCACCAGGCAGAUGUAGCCAGAGGAGCUGGGGGGACGGGAGGGACAGAGCCUCGCAAGGAAACAGCUUCCUGCUGCUGUCAGGAGGCCAUGAAGCCUGCUCAGGCUGCACAGAGGAAAUCAGACCAAUGAUGGGGGAGAGGUGCAGGCCACAGCCUCCUGGCAGCCUCGUGGUUUAAUCCUGGCCUGUUCCCAGAGCCCGGGCUGGCCAGCUGUGAGGGGUGGGGCCCUGCCGAGCAGCGAUGCGCAGGGUUUGCCCUGCUUGGCGAUGGCAGCGUCCAGCCCUCGCUAUUCCGGCUCCUCCAAGCGGCACGGCAGAGCCAGGGGCUGGUGAGCUGAGCUCUGUGCCUAAGUGGCUACAGCCUGGGCCAACGCUAGCCAGGUCAGGGGCUCCCUGUCAUUGGCUCCCUGGGUGCAGAGCAGGCCGUUAGCUCCCCCAUCUGGGGGUAUUUUCCUCCCUCCUGGACAGGCUGAGAGCUCGCGGGUGUUUGGGAGGGGCCGGGAGCCAUCGCAGAGCAGGCCCUCUGGCAGGAGGGGCUGGUGGCCUGAGUUAAAGCCCAGGACGGACCCUGCGCCCUUCCAGCACGAAGGGCUUGUUACCAGAUGCCCUCGUCUCCCAGUUUCCUACAGGGUUGCUCUGACUUGCUCACUCUGUGGGGCAGUGCCAGUGCCAGCGGAGGGUGCCUGGCUCGGGAGGGUGGCAGAAUCAGGCUCUACGGAUUGUGCUCUGUGUGUCCUGAACAGUUGGACCGUGGUGUGUGCCGGUGGACAGCUGCCACCUUCUGCCCCAGAGGUGGCUGCAUGGCAGCCGGGGUGAAUACAGUGCAGGGAUGUGACUAUGGGUGUAGAGCAGCAAGGUGGCUGAUCUCAGCCAGCCACUGCUUCUUCCCCCAGGUGGACGUUUCUAACGCAAGUGAAAAUGGAGCGGGUGGAGAGAAAGGGACUGAAGGGUUAGAGAGGAGCUGGAUGGGGCCAGCCUGUCCGGGAGCCCCGUUGUGUGUUCAAGGGCAGAUGUUCCUAGCGACCACAGCUGCGUUGGGGGGGAAGGGGGCUCCAUUGUCACUCCAGCCCCAGCUGCGCUGCAGCCCCCCAUGGGCCAUGCUCUGCCAGUGAUCUAAGUGCCAACGCUGCCCCCACUGCCUGCGCCCUGCAGCCUCAUGAAGGGAUGGGCAGCGGGAGAGGGAGGGCAGCAGCAGGCCCAGAGUUUAUAUAUUCUGUGUCCCAUAGGAGCCUGGUCAGCUGGUACUGCCUGGCAAAGACCCUGCCAGCCAUCACACCUGGGCAGUGAAUCCUGUGAGCGAGAGCGCGCCUGUGCGUGGGGUGGAAAGGCAAACCCGCAGGCCCCCGCUACACACAUGCUUUCCAGCCAAGCCAGUGUGAGCCAGCCACCCCGCAGGGCAGGACGGCCGUAACUCAGAAUGACCUCCCCAGUGCUCAGCCUGCGGGACUGGGCCUGCCCGCAACUGACCCAUAUCUAGUCCGAAUCUAGCUGCCUGCCGAUGCUAGGAGACUCCGCCCCAGUUCCCUCGUGCACAGUUGGUUUAGGAGCAAAGAUCUAAUGGCUGCUUCCAGGAGCAGUUAAUGCUGUUCAUCGGCCCCUGCGCUAGGAACUCUGCUCGCAGGCUCCGAGUGCAGGUUAUCAACAUGAAUCCAUGCAGCCAUGCAGCUCCCCGGAGGCAGGGGCGUAUUCUUAUCCCUUAUGUGCAGCUGGGCCGGCUGAGGCAGAGAGUUGUGACGUGCCCAAGCUCACCCAGCAAGGCAGUGGCAGAGCCAGCACAGCCCCUGGUUCUCCUAGCUCCCAUGCCUGUGCCCUAACCACUAGGCAACACUCUCCUUGUAGAGUCUCCACAAGAGCUUCCUGGAGCGUUGAGGGGAUGGUGAUGCUGACGUGGUCUUGCGAGGCACCUGCAGCAGCCAUGCUGGGCCCUGGGGUGACUCUCCCAGCCAGGUGCCAACCCGUUCAGAAGGGAUCAGAGAUUCUGGGUGGCUCAGAUUUGGGGUCUGGGGGAUUUUCAGAGGUGAGUGCCCAGCAUUUCUUAAAACCAGAACCCUUAAAGGUGUCUCCAGAUGGGCCCCCAAAAUGAAGCCCUGCCCCCAACUCGCUCGUCACUUAUGGACAUCUUGCUCCACGACCUUUGGCCUCCGAACCUGUUUCCAUCCCCCAGAGCCCAGACCCUCAUCCAGCCGCAGGGAGGGGCAGGGUCCCCGGAGCUGCAGGAAUUGGCUGGGGUGUGUGUGGGGCCCAGGCAGGAGGUGGCCGGGGGCGUGCCAGGGAGCAGGUGUGUUGUGUGUUGUUUGUGUAGAACCCUCGCUCUGCGCUGAUACGUUAGUGAGCCGUCCCCCGCUGGAGUGUCUGCAUCGCGCGUCGCUACUCAAUCCAUACGCUAACGGCAGCAGCAGCCUGAGUCAAGCAAUAAAGCAAAAGCAAGCAGUGCCUUCUC